AUGGGGAAGUGGCAACAGAGAUCAGUGGUCUUUAAGCUGGCCUUACUCUUCAUGUACUUCAUCUUCCUGGUCUACGCACUUGCCUUCAGUAUUCCUACCUGGCUGGGAGGAGGCCUGAUAUUUGGACUGUUGGAAAAAGACAUAAUAUUUGGACUGUGGGCCAUUUGUAAGAAGACUUCAGAUAGCGGUGGCUUUGAAACAUGUGAAAAAAUGGCUUUUGGUGAUAACACCCCUUGGAUGGAUGGAGUCAGGGCAGUGUGGGUAGCGGGCAUGUUCUUCUACGUGGUUGCCGUCUUCUACAGUCUGGUGGACAACUGCUGCACUAGAGAGGAUAGCAGAGAUUAUGGACUGACUGGGGCUCUGGCCAUUCUUGCAGGGCUGAGUGGAGCGGUUGGAGUUAUUGUGGUGGCAAUUAAAAUAGAGGAAGAUUCUCCAAAUGUGCAGUACUACUGGGGCUACAUGCUGGCCUGCAUCACUAGUGGUCUCACGCUCAUUCUGGCUAUCAUCCUCCUCAUUACCAAAAACACCAAGUCCAGUGAGAAGGCCCAGGCUGACCGGACGGCAGAUUAUGUCUUUGCUCAUAAACAACCCAAUCCUUAUGCUCAAGAGUAUACCAACCAGGGUUACACCCGAGAUGACAUACCCUUGGCUAAUGGGGUCACCUACCACCACACCCCCACUGCCCACCCCUACACCGCCUACCAGGAUGGGUACACAGGCACUAACUAUCCCCCCACCAGAAGUCAAGAGCCCAUCUAUGGACAACCCCACAAAAGUCCAUACGGUGGCUAUUACAAUGGGAGACCAGCACAGCUGCAUGAUGCUUCAGAUGUCGGUUCAGCCUACACAGAUCUUAGCAACGGAUACACCACAGAAUUGAUCCAGGCCGAACACACACUCAGUCGGCCUGGUGCUGCCCAGCGAGCAGAUUUUGUCAGAGGGGCUGGGGAUUAUGCCAGGCAAGAGUACCCCGGAAGAAAUGACAAUUUCGCAAAUGGCAGCAGGCUUUACUAA